GGCAACACCUCCUGAAAAUAUACAUUUUCGCGCCUUGUCAAAUUUGUUGAAAUGUUAUUUCGUUAUUUUAACACCUCACAUUUAUGACGGCUUACCAAAAAAUAUCGAAUUGCUAUAGAAGUCAUCGAGAAUUUAAUGAAAUGGAGGAGUCUGUGAUCAAGUUUGACACAAAAGAGGUUAAGUUGGAUCUUUUGCGUGCGAUACGGGAAUGCUCAGAACGUGGGUUGAUGCACACUACGAAAUGGCUUGCAGAGUUAAAUUAUUCAUUGAAGGAUAUCAAAGUAAAGGUAGGCGAUAUAACUGCAGAUAUAAGUAUGAUUGAAAUGAACGAGGAAGAGGACAUGUAUAUAUUGGCAAAAAGCUAUUUUGAUUUAAAAGAAUAUGAUCGAGCUGCAUACUUUACUGAACAAUGCAAGACGCCCAAGGCACGGUUUUUGUAUUUGUACUCUCGAUACCUGUCUGGUGAGAAAAAGAAGAUAGAUGAUAUGACCGAUGUACCACCAGAUCCCCUGAAGAAUGAUAGUCUUAAAUUAUUAUGCAGUGAUCUACGAAAAGAUCACUUAAGUGGAAACCUGGAUGGUUUUGGUCUCUACCUCUUUGGCGUUGUCUUAAAAAAGUUGCAACUCGCUAGGGAGGCUGUAGACGUUUUAGUAGAAUCUACGCACAAGCAACCAAUGCAUUGGGGAACCUGGUUAGAGCUAGCAGGGCUAAUUACCGACCGAGAGAAGCUUGAGAGCUUGACACUACCUAAUCACUGGAUCAGGCAGUUUUUUAUCGCACACAUGUACUUAGAAUUGCAGCUAAUCGACGAGGGAUUAGCACUUUAUUGCGAAUUGCAAUCUAUGGGUUUUGAAAAGAAUGGCUAUGUUCUUGCACAAACAGCGAUUGCUGUCCAUUACAGGAGAGAUGUUGAUACAGCAAUCGAGACAUUUAAGCGGAUCAUCAAAGAAGACCCUUACUGCCUCGAUAACAUGGACACGUAUUCGAAUUUACUGUACGUGAAAGAACUGAAAGUUGAGUUGGCUCAUCUGGCCCAUCGAGCAACCGAGAUCGACAAAUACAGACUCGAAACUUGUUGCAUAGUAGGAAAUUACUAUAGUUUAAGGGCGGAUCAUCAAAAGGCUGUGAUGUAUUUUCACAGAGCGUUAAAACUGAAUCCUCAAUACCUCUCUGCGUGGACACUGCUGGGGCACGAGUUCAUGGAGAUGAAGAACACAAAUGCUGCUAUUCACAGUUACAGGCAGGCCAUUGAAGUCAAUAGGAGGGAUUAUAGAGCGUGGUACGGAUUAGGGCAAACUUACGAGAUCCUAAAGAUGCCCUUUUACGGCCUCUACUAUUACAAACAGGCACAACUACUUAGACCGCACGACAGCAGAAUGGUGUUGGCUUUAGGAGAAGCUUACGAGAGGCAGGAUAAAAUACAAGACGCCUUGAAAUGUUACUACAAAGCCUGCAACGUUGGCGACAUCGAGGGAAUGGCGUUAAUCAAGUUAGCCACGCUGUACGAAAAAUUAGGCGAGCAUGAUCACGCCGCAGCCGCGUACACCGACUUCGUGAUGGAUGAAUUCAGGAACGCAGACAGAACGGAACUCAGUCACGCUUACAAGUACUUGACGCAGUAUCAUUUGAAACGAGAUCAACUGGACCAGGCUAAUCAUUAUGCUCAGAAGUGUCUGCAAUUCGACGAGACGAAGGAGGAAGCAAAAGCGUUUCUUAGAACCAUAGCUCAGAAGAGGGUCAAGAUCGAGGACAACCCCAUGGUGGUCGAGGACAUAAAUGAGACGGACCCCGUUCUGGAGCGGAACACCCGCGCCGACGUCACUCCAGGAAGCCAAUUAUCACCCAUGAAUUUAUCUUUCACGCCCGCUCAGUAGCUACAAUUUCUUAGCCAUGCGAACGUCAUCGAUCAUUGCCGAAUGCACGACACGACACGCCUGGUCGCGUGGCGUGUUAAUUAAUUUUCCGGUAUUUUACCCGGAAGAUUGAUGUGUAAAUAGGGGGGAGGAUAAAACGGCGUUUUUAUGUAUAAAAUAAACUUAUCAAAGAUAAGAGUAAAAA